AUGGCCGAGGCAGAUCCAUACCCGGAGAGUAACCACUCAGUCUCUCUACUUCUACUUGGAGAUCCAGGAUGUGGGAAAUCAACAUUCUUAUCACCACUCCCAUCAGGGCCAUCUAAUACUGACGCAAAUACCCUUGAACUAUUACGAGAUGGUGAUCAGCCUUUCAUCUACGACAUCAGGUUCUCAAAAAAGACAUUCACUUUAGAGCUUUACGACACAUCCAACCCAAACCAGCACUGGACCAAUCUUCGACCCGAUGUCGCCGUUCUAGCCUAUGAUAUUUCCAAUCGAAACACACUUGCUGGACUAAAAGAGUGGCGAAAUGACAUUACGCGCUACUUCCAAUACGGUCAUAGCGAGCGGCUUCCAGUGAUGAUGAUAGGCCUGAAAAGGGAUCUGCGGAGAGAAGGUGAGGGCAUCAUCUAUCCACAAGAAGGCUAUCGUAUUGCACAGGAACUUCGUUGCGAUAGAUACGCCGAGUGUUCGGCUGUCACAGGCGAGCUGCUUGUAGAGACGUUUGAAGAUCUUGCUAGAUUGGCGGCAAUGACGACGACUGAAAAAGGUGGUCAGUCUGAGGGCACCUCUUGCGUUGUUAUGUGA